AUGCGCAGCGACGCUGAUUGUACCGGGAAACCCCCCGUGCCGCGCCUCCCGCCGCUGGUGCUGCUGCGGCGGAGCCUGGCGGGGCUGGGGCUGCGGCACGGCCGGGAGGGUGAGGAGGAGGAGCUGAUGGCUCGGGGGGAUGGGAUCGGCACCGGAGUCGGGGCUGGAAUCGGGGUCGGCACCGGGAUCGGGGCUGGAAUCGGGGCAAGGAUCGGGGCUGGAAUCGGAGUCGGCACCGGGAUCGGCACCGGGAUCGGGGCCGGAGCCGGGAUCGGGACCGGGGUUGGCGCCGGGAUCGGGGCUGGAAUCGACACCGGAAUCGGGGCAAGGAUCGGGGCUGGAAUCGGGAUCGGCACCGGGAUCAGGGCCGGGAUCGGGACCGGCAUCGACACCGGGAUUAGGGCCGGGAUCGGGACCGGGUUCGACACCGGGAUCAGGACCGGCAUCGGGAUCGGGACCGGGAUUGGCGCCGGGAUCGGGGCUGGAAUCGGGACCAGGAUCGGCAUCGACACCGGGAUCGGCACCGGGAUCGGGGCUGGAAUCGGGACUGAAAUCGGCACCAGGAUCGGGAUCGACACCGGAAUCGGCACCGGGAUCAGGACCGGCAUCGGGACCGGCAUCGACACCGGGAUCGGGGCUGGAAUCGGGACCGGGAUCAGGAUCGGGACUGACACCGGGAUCGGGGCUGGAAUCGGGACCAGGAUCGGCAUCGACACCGGGAUCGGCACCGGGAUCGGGACCGGCAUCGACACCGGGAUCGGCACCGGGAUCGGGCUGAAUCGACUGAAAUCGGCACCAGGAUCGGGAUCGACACCGGCAUCGACACCGGGAUCAGGACCGGCAUCGACACCGGGAUCGGCACCGGGAUCGGGGCUGGAAUCGGGACUGAGAUCGGCACCGGGAUCAGGAUCGGGACCGGCAUCGACACCGGGAUCGGCACCGGGAUCGGGCUGGAAUCGACUGAAAUCGCACCAGGAUCGAUCGACACCGAAUCGACACCGGCAUCAGGGCCGGAUCGGGACCAGGAUCGGCAUCGACACCGGGAUCGACACCGGGAUCGGGAUCGGGAUCGGCACCGGCAUCGCCAUCGACCCCAGGACCGGGACCGGGGCAGAGGAGGCUUCGCCGCCCCACGACGGGAGCGUCACCACCACCGAGUGCGUGGCCGUGCCCAGCUCCGAGCACGUGGCCGACAUCGUGGGGCGCCACGGUUGCCGGAUCAAGGCGCUGCGCUCCCGCACCAACACGCGCAUCCGCACGCCGCAGCGCGGGGAGGAGCCGGUGUUCGUGGUGUCGGGCCGGCCGGAGGACGUGGCUGCGGCGCGCUGGGAGAUCGGGGCCGUGGCCCAGCGCUUCUCGGUGCUGCGGGCGCUGCAGGAGCGGGCGCGGCGCGGGCUGCCCGGGCGCACCACGGCGCGGCUGCGGGUGCCCUGCUGCGCCGUGGGGCUGGUGGUGGGGCCGCGGGGCGCCACGGUGCGCCUCAUCCAGCGCCGCACCCGCACCUGCAUCGUGACGCCGCGCCGGCACGGCGAGCCCGUCUUCGAGGUGACGGGCGCGCCCCGCGACGUGGAGCAGGCGCGCAGGGAGAUCGUGGCGCACAUCGCCGCCCGCACCGGCGCCCUGCUGGACCUGCGGCACGGCGACGCCUGCCCCGGCGCCUGCGCCCUGCCCGCGCGGCCCGGGGGGCUCGGCGGCCCCGGGGGCGACGGCAACAGCUCACCGGGCAGCGGCUCCACCGACUCCCUCCGGGCCGAGCUCGGCCCCUCCUGGUGCGGGGAAGAGCCGGCCCUUGAGCGCCUCGCCUACGACCCCCUGCCCGCCCUCACACGGAGCAUCUGGGCUCCCCUCGAGCCCCUGAGCCUCGGCAGCCGCCCCCCCACGCCCUGCCUGUCGCCCCCCUUCCCCCAGAGCCUGGAGCCGGGCUGGGGGCUGCCCCUCUGCACCCCCGCCUUCUCCACCAGCACCGACAGCCGCUGCUCCUCCGACGGCCGCUCCUCAUCCUCGGCCAGCUCGCCCCUGGAGGGUCAGUACCACCUUGACAGCUGUUCCUCAUCCUCAGCCAGCUCACCCCUGGAGGGUCAGUGCCACCUUGACAGCUGUUCCUCAUCCUCAACCAGCUCGCCCCUGGAGGGUCAGUGCCACCUUGACAGCCGCUCCUCAUCCUCGGCCAGCCCGCCCCUGGAGGGUCAGCACCACCUUGACAGCCGCUCCUCAUCCUCAGCCAGCCACAGCUCCUCAGCCAGCUCGCCCCUGGAGGGUCAGCACCACCUUGACAACUGUUCCUCAACCAGCUCACCCCUGGAGGGUCAGUGCCACCUCAACAGCCGCUCCUCAUCCUCGGCCAGCUCGCCCCUGGAGGGUCAGCACCACCUCGACAGCCGCUCCUCAUCCUCGGCCAGCUCGCCCCUGGAGGGUCAGUGCCACCUUGACAGCUGCUCCUCAACCAGCCCACCCCUGGAGGGUCAGUGCCACCUUGACAGCCACUCCUCAUCCUCGGCCAGCUCGCCCCUGGAGGGUCAGUGCCACCUUGACAGCUGCUCCUCAUCCUCGGCCAGCCACAGCUCCUCGGCCAGCUCGCCCCUGAAGGGUCAGUGCCACCUUGACAACUGUUCCUCAACCAGCUCGCCCCUGGAGGGUCAGCACUACCUCGACAGCUGCUCCUCAUCCUCAUCCAGCCCACCCCUGGAGGGUCAGCACCACCUGGAGUGCGUGCUCUGCUCCGACAGUGAUGCGGUGACCGCCUUCGUGCCCUGCGGGCACAGCCUGUUCUGCAUGGACUGCACCAGCAGGGUCUGCCAGUGAGACCCGCCCGCCUGCCCCUGUGCCAGGCCACUGUCACACAGGCUGUCCACAGCCACUCAUAGGCCAGGCCACCGGCACACAGGCUGUCCAGAUACGCUCGUAGUGCCACGCCACUGUCACACAGGCUGUCCACAGCCACUCGUAGGGGCCACGCCACCGGCACACAGGUCAUCCACAGCCACUCAUAGGCCAGGCCACCGGCACACAGGCUGUCCAGAUACGCUCGUAGUGCCACGCCACUGUCACACAGGCUGUCCACAGCCACUCGUAGGCACCGUGUGCCAGGUCA